ACUCAGAUCCCACCCUCCUUCAAUUCAGUUGACCAUUUGCAGCCAAAUUUCCAGACCACAAUCUUUUGUCAAGGGCGUCAUCCCCUCCACAUCCCAGACACGAUGAGAAUGCAUCGACAAACAGACUACGUCCACUGAAGAGUCAACACCGGUCUCAACCCCGUCAGCGUGGCCCCGGCCCCUCCUGUGCCGUGUAUCACCGCAUCAAAGUAUCAAAGUAUCAGGCCAUGAUGAUCACCAUCGUUUACCGCCACUGGUUCUAAGCCUUUCCAACAUCAACCCAUACCUGGGUUCUCUGUCCUUAAUUUCAUCAAGCCAGACCAAAUAUGACGAAACGAAUCUCUAGUUUGUUUACCCUUUCAAGGGACAGCAGACCUCCAACCCCAGACUCCCAUCAGAUCGAUUCUCCACAAUAUACUCAUUCUCCUGACCAUGUCUCUCCCUAUGGUGGCAAUAGAUUGCACAAGCAUCGCUUCACCGCGUCCUCAGACAUCGACCUUGCCAAUGACAUGUCCCCUCUCCAACCUCCUCCCUUUCUGACCGAUACUGUACCACAACGUCCAUCAAGCCGUCAAUACAGUGGCCCAGAUCGCAGGACCGUGAGCCGUGAUUCUAGUCCUCAUAGCCAGGCAGGUAGCUUCAGCCGCCCACAAACGCCCAACGUGCUGAUCCCAGUGGGUUCAUCUGCAUCUCCUGCACGGUCACCCACCCCCACAUCUGCAAAAGUCUCAAAGAAGAAGUCGUGGUUACCAGGUAGAUCGGAUAAACACAAGUUCCCCGAUGGUCCCACUACGGCACAAGCAUGGAUUGCUGGGUUGAGAGAUCAUGUUGCCUAUGAUCUCACACCUUUGUUGAAUGGUGAACGCGUUUCUGAAUUGUGGAAUGAGUCUGGCGAUACCGUCAUGUACCUCUUCCCUCCCUCGUCGGGCAAAGGACCAAGCUUUCGAGUCGAUUCUGCACUGCUUCUCGACUCGAGAGCACUCGUCAAUCUCCGCGCACAAUCCCCGGCAGCCCCAGUCUUCACUAAUAGCGAUCUCCCCCAGGUUCAGACGGCCUUCUCGAAUCUUUCAAUCGACCCGCAGCGUUCUCGACCCUCGUCGCAGCAAAGCUCAACUUAUCAACCCUCUAUGAACUUUUCCGUUCCCAACAUUAUGACCUCGGUGGGCCAAGAAAAGCACGUAUAUCUGCCUCUGGGCUUUGAUGCAAAUCUAUACCACGCCAGUGUUCCCAUCAAUGGUGACGACCUUGAACUAGUCGUCUUAUAUCGCAAUUUCUUUGCGUUCCUUGCCGGCGGUGCUUUGGUUGCCACACCAAGACAACCUACCCUAUUCGCCAUUUUCACCUGCAUCAGCACCCUUCUCAAACGUUUCUGCUUUUCCAACGCUGAUGGUGCGACCUUUGGCCACAUCCCCGCCACGAGUUUUGCUGGCUACUGUGACGAAUUGAAACUGGCCGAUGUUCGUACAAGUAGGGAGAAGACGAUCGAGGCAAUCGUACUAGGGGAGACCAUGAGAUCAUGGCAACUGUACAACGAGGGCUUUACACAUGCCGUUGGUCGUCUACAUGACAUCAAAUCCAUCAAAAGCCCCAAGUACGAAAAGAUGUCCCCAGUAACGAUCAAUCGCCUGGAAAGGGCAAGUCUAGAUAUCGAGCAGCGCCUCAUGACUCUUCGAACCAAACUCGACGAUUUUGACUUUCCAUCCAUGUUUGCCGGAAUCGCAAACUCUCAGUCUUCCACCGAAGCCAAGCUGGUACGCUUCAAGGAGUGGAAAGCGGGCUUCUUGGACUUUCGCCGGUUCAUUAUUUCUCACUAUCGUCGUCGUUACGGGGCGUGGCCUCCAAAGGCAUCCUCGAAGAAGAACAACUUUGAGGAAAGUGGUCUAAAUCGUAUUCUUCUAAACGAGCUGUACAAGGACUUUACCGACAUGUACGAUACGCUGGUGGAUCGAUCUUCACUCACACCAAGGACAGCUGAUAUGCCCUCCAUGGGGGAAGAUGCUGAGAGUCAAGACAUGAAUGAAUCAAUACAGCAUGCCAUCCGCAGAGUCGAGAGCGAAUACGAUCGGGCCACUCCACCCGUCAUGCCACCAAUACCUUUUGAUACUCCACUUGUUCCACAGUUUGCCCACAGUUUCAACCGGACUCAUGUCGUUGUCUCCGAUCCCACUCUCAUGCAGAGCAAGAAACUGAGUUCGAGCGAGGUUAACGAAGUUCUUUUGGGGUCGUACAACCGCGACAAUAUCAACGCCAGUGCUUUCAUCCAGGACUUUUUCCACUACGAAAGACGACUAGGCCAAGGCAAGACGCUGGACCAGAUCGUCGAUGCUCGCUGUGGACAGUGGUUGUUCAUGUAUGCCGUACUGCAGUCGCUGCCGAUGGCGGUAGUGGAUGCCAGAGACCUGAAAUUCACUGAAUCGGUCGAGUAUUUUCUUUGUGUCGGACCUCGGGGAGGGAAACCGUGGAUGAGGGAAGACCACUCGACCUCACGAGCAUGGUACAAUGUCUCCAGUGGAGGCGGCAUCGUCAACUUGCCCGCCGAUCAGAUUGAUCACAGCGUCGAGGGCAUAUAUCGUCGAAGCCACUGUUGGACUGUCGCCAGUAAGUGGGUAGGUGUCACCAAGAGCCCACCACUUCCUCCAUUGCAUCCGGCGGAGUCGCUCCCACCGCCUCACCUUCCCGGAGCGAAUUUCACUUCGCCAUAUCUGACUUGCCACCAAUCGCCGUACUCGAGUCCACAGCCCUCACCUAGAUUUCCUCCAGCGUCCAUACCCACAGAGGCAUCAGCUCCACCUAGCCUUGCCAAAAUCAGAAGUCAUCUAGAGUUGGGACUUGAAGCAGUGAGUGAGCCACCGCCUGAAGCAACAGUGAAACCUACAGCUUCUUUUAAUCCGAACCUCACUUUUGAUGAUAUUUUGGGGGAGACGACCGAGUCCCAGACCAAGGGGAAGAAGUCAAAGAAGUGAGGUGCAGGCUUCAGGGGGGGGACGUGUUGCUAAAGUCUACAUAACCGGUCACGUGUGGUGUGGCUAGACAUUGGCCUUUGUACGAGCCAAAUUCGAUUCCAUUAGGAUAGUGUGGAUUGGGCAUAGAGCAG